AAUUUCUGUAUUGGAAAUUAACCGCCAAUGAACAUUUGACGCUACUAACCAUACAUGCCUUUCAACGUUUAGCGCUUUCGUUUAAAAUGGACUUUGUUUAGGUAACUACUUUGUAGGAGUGGAGUGAUAAAAUGUUUUGUUGGCAUGAGUAGAACAGUGACCAAGAUCUGAAUAUUGUAAAUUUCUGUGGACACGUACAUAUAGGUCUAAUUAGCCAAGGCAACUAACAUGGCAGAAGGGAGUUCCUUAGAUGUGGGAUCAUCUGGAACUGGAGCUCCAGGAAUUUUGCUGGAUAGCAGAAUCUGUAUCAUUGGGGAGAAACUGAAGGAUGAUAAAGAUAUUAUUAAAGCUGCAGAAAGUUUUCAAGUUCCAGUAGUCUGUAGUCCGUCAGGGAAAGAUAUUCUUGCUGAUGGCAAGGAUUAUGAUAACGUGUUUGUACUUGAUGAAUUUGAAGGACAAAUUUAUGAUACCCUUGUCAGGUCUGGUCAGAGAAUAUUGGGAUCAACAGCUUUAAUUCAAUUUGCUGAAGCAAAUGAGCCACUUCCAUAUAAUACUCGUCCUUUGUAUACGACAUCAAUGCGUCAACUGAUUCUUUGUUUUACUGGCUUCAGGAAGAAAGAAGAUAUGUGCAAUAUGGCAACUCUGAUUCAUCAUAUGGGUGGAAGUAUUAGGAAAGACUUCAACACAAAAAUAACUCACCUUGUAGCCAAUUCUACUGCUGGAGAAAAAUAUAGGUAUGCAGCUAACUUAGGUAUUCCAAUCAUGAGAGAAGACUGGAUCUACAAGACUUGGGAAAAAAGGCAUGAGAAAUCCUGUUUGGCUACUGAUGAAUCACUGAUGGAACUAAGACUUCAACCUUUCUUUGGAUGUAGGCUAACAUUCUUAGGUUUUCAAGAGGAUGAAAAAAAACACAUGGAAGAAAUAACAGUUCAAAAUGGAGGGCAAGUUACAGAACCUAGUGAAUCUGCUUGCUCACAUGUGGUUGUGGAGGACAUGGGAACAUCUCCUGUUGUUAUUCCUGAUGACAUCAGUCCUAGAGCACAUGUGGUUAAAAUGGAGUGGUUUUGGGCCAGUAUACAAAUGGAUGCAUGUGCCGAUGAAAGUAUCUACAUUUACAAAGUACCUAUCCCAACAACUCCCUUAAAAGGAGGAGUGACAACUCUCUCUAUCUCCUGUUCUCGAGGGUACAAAAGGAAACGACAUAAAGAGUCAGUUGCUCACCAGUUAGCUCUAGAAGUGGCUCAGGAAGAAUUAGAUCCAUUAGUAGGAGCCCCAGAACACAAACGACGCUCCAGUGAGCGAGCGAGCUUAUCAGUUAGUGGUUCUUUUUUAGAUGCUACAUUUUCGCCAGAUUUUUUGGAAGGACCACCUGAUAUUCCAUCAGAGACUUUAAUAAAAAGUCCCAUAGAACUCAAAUCAAUGACCAAUCGGCAGCAGGUCUGCAUGGAACUACUGCAAACAGAAACCAAUUAUGUAGGAAUAUUGAGCACCAUUGUAACAUUAUUUAAAGAACCAUUGGAACAACCUGAUCAAGUUGGUGGAUCAUUGUUGGAUGCCACAGAGACAAAAAUCAUUUUUGGAAAUUUACCACCUAUAUUUGAGGUUCACAAAAAAAUCCGCGAAGAACUGGCAACUUUAAUGCAGAACUGGAAAGAAGAACACAGUAUAGGCAAUCUCAUUCUUCAGCAUUCUAGUGAUCUUAUGAGAGCUUAUCCACCAUUUGUAAACUUUUUUGAGAAAACCAAGGAAAUGCUUCUUCAAUGUGACAAGAAUAAACCAAGGUUUCAUGCUUUCCUUAAGCGUUGUCAAAGUAAGCCUGAGUGUGGUCGUCAGAACCUGGUUGAAUUACUUAUUCGCCCUGUUCAGCGGCUGCCUAGUGUAGUUUUGUUGCUAAAUGAUAUUCUGAAGCACACAAAUAAAAGUAACCCAGACCAUGAAGCUGUAGACAAGGCUAUCAGAUCUCUGAAAGAAGUUAUGAUGCACAUCAAUGAAGACAAGAGGAAGACGGAAGGCCAAGUGGCAAUGUUUGACAUUAUAAAUGACAUUGAAAAUUGUCCAGCUCACCUCCUGUCUUCUCAUCGAAGUUUUGUAACAAGAGCAGACACCCAGGAACUAGGAGAUAGCAUUAGUCGUAGAGGAGACACUAUUACCAUGUUUCUGUUCACUGAUAUGCUAGAGAUCUGUAAAAGGAGAAGUCGAGGAGUUGGUGCUGGUAAAAGUCCUGGUCUAACAACUCUUUCUGCAGCAGGAGCUGGGUUUAAGUCACAACAGAAAUGUUUUAAACAUCUUCAGCUGAUGCCUUUACCCCAUAUUAAACGUGUAGUGGAUAUCAAAGAAACUGAUGAUUGCAAGAAUACUUUUGCUUUGGUAGUACGGUCUAACCAGGAAUUAAAAGAACGACUUUACACUUUUAUUCUACUUGGUGAGGAUGUUGACAAAGGCCAUUUCCUUCGGUUGUUAUGUAGACACAUGGCCAAUGCUGUAUGUCGAGCAGAUGCUGAGAAUUUUCUAACAAGUCUCGAGCCCCAGCAGCUGGCCAUUGAAACUUCUGAUAUCUCAAGCAGUACUCUCACUAGAGCUAUCAAGGCUGCUUACAAAACUAGAGAGAAAAUAGGAAGAGCUUUAUCUACAAAAAGAAAUACUCCAGGGAAGCGGGGACUAACACGAGCAGUGUCUUCCAUUAUAAGUCCUUUACGUUCUAGAGCAACUCCUACCUCAUCAUUAAAAGGUUUACGACUAGCUUCCACCACCAACUUGACAGAACUUGGGAACUCAUCUUUGGCAACUAGCACAGCCAGUCUUCCAGUGACUCCUAUGUUAGGGAAGAAAGUAAAGAGUGCAUCCUUGGGGCCUGCUACCAGUAAAUACCUGUAAUCAACUGUUUGUGCUUGUCUGCUAUUUUUUUAUAGUUUGUUUUGAAGUAAAAAACAUUGCUGUCUUUUUACUCUGUGUAUAAGAAGUCUCAAUCUCUCAAAACAAUAAUUUUGAAAUUUCAUACAGCUGAAGCUUAAAAAAUGAAGAGUAGUUACGGUUUUUUUAAAGCUGAAAUAUACUAUGUUUGUGUAUAAUGAAAUAAUUGUGAAUUUAUAAAGUUUAUGUUUAUUGUAGCAUGUUGUAAAUUUAAUUAUUAAUUAUGUUCUAGAAAACCUCCUUAAAUGUGCUCGUACAAUAGAGAUUUCAAAGAAAUGUGGUUACAUCAUUAUCUUCAAGCUUCUCGGUCUGAUAGAAGUGUCACUAAUUGAGUUAGGAAAGCGAGAAAUCUUAGGUUUGAAUAAAUCAUAAUUAGCUGCUUAAAACAGUGGGAGACUGAAUGUUUUACCCAGGAGAUUCGUCUUCCUCGUAAUAUUGAAGAUUAAGUUUGGCAACUAAAUUAUUUAUACAGACACUUGUAGGUAAUUGAGACUAGCACAAGUAAUCUCUUGACGAGAUCACUACAAGAAUAUAAUCUUUGUUUGUGUGUAUCCACACUAGUUAUCCUUGUUACCCUAAAGACAGGUUUACUUUAAUACUUAAUGAGUAAAGCAUUACUUCCUUCACACUGACAUAAGCACAGAAUUGCAGUGGUGAAGUUUACUUUUUAUUUAAGUGUAAAGAAAUAUCUAUGCGAUAAGUGAUAUUCAGAUGGACAUUUAUGUAAUUUGUAGAAUGUCUUGAGUUCAAAGUUGAUCCUUCAAAAUCAGAAAGUUGUUGUAAAAUAAAAAUGCACAAAAAUAUGUAUAAAUACUUUUUAUAAAAUUUCUUGUGAAUUACUUAUCUAAAUAAACAAUGAGCUUACAACAUUAAAACAGUAUGCCAUAUGGACAGGAGAAGGAAGUACACAUUUUAUUACAUCAACCAGCAUGAGAUGCAUAUUUUAGAUCAAUUAUAAGAAAAAAAUUUUGUGAACUGAAUGAACAGCAGUUCAACAUCAACCACUGAAAACGAGAAAUAUUCACAGACUUUUCAAAAAUCUGUAUGAUGAUUUUGUGAUAUUAAAGAAAAUGUGAAAAUGUAUUGUA